CGAAAACAAACGGUUUCCUAAGUUUAAUAUUCAAUCAUGUCCAAUCCACCUUUGUUUCGUGACCCAUGGGCGAAGAGGGAAGCGUGGCGGAAACACCCUGUGUUCACGAACCGUGCCAUGUUUUCUAGCAUGUUUCCAGGGCUUGGCAUCGCACUAGUAGCAUUUACCGCGUAUGUGGUGGUUGAUAAUUUCUACUCCAAAGCGCAGCCAGGGUCACAGCAGAAGCACUGAAUCAGUUCGGGCGAUGUUGAAAGGAAUUUCUUGGUGUUCCUUUACAUUCUAUCAUCUAGUUGAGUCCGCGCUCAGUACUAGCUAGUAACAUAGUGUUUGAUAGCACAUUGCACACAAAACGUUGCAUAUUCGCGCCAUUGGCAUUGGCACGGGAUAAUGCUAAUGAGAAACCCCCUUACCUGGGGGUACUUGCUUAGUCAGCAGAAACCCUGCUGACUUUCAAUACUGUCAGGUUCUGUAGCACAAUUAGAUGUUAACUCGAUUAUAAUUAACCUCGCUGGAUUUUAGAA